AUGGCGGCAUCGGAAAAGGACGCAGAAACCACUACCACGCCAGCCGCGGCCAUGCCAGACGAGGCCACGCCAGACAGCAAUUCUUCAUCAAAAAAAGACUUGCGAUUCUGGCUCGUCUUUCUGUCUAUAAGUAUGGCCACUUUCUUGGCCGCCUUGGAUACCUCCAUCAUCUCGACUGCCCUGCCGACAAUUUCGGCGGAGUUGGGAUCCGGAGAGCUGUAUAUCUGGGUCAUAAACACCUACCUGCUCUCCUCGACUGUCUUCUCGGCCGUAUUUGGCCAGGCAUCUAAUAUCUUUGGGCGCCGACCGAUGACUGCCGCAGCUGUGGUAAUAUUCGCCGUAGGCAGCGCGGUGGCCGGGGCGGCACACAGCACGGGAAUGUUACUUGCAGGACGCACAAUCCAGGGUAUUGGAGGCGGAGGCAUCGCUACCAUGUCGGAGGUGGUCAUCUGCGACAUGGUGUCUCUACGCGAACGAGGUAUGUAUGCCGGUAUCAUCGGGGCCGUCUGGGCCGUGGCGGCUGUCAUAGGCCCUAUCAUUGGUGGCGGAUUCGCGCAGGGUGUAUCCUGGCGCUGGAUAUUCUACCUCAACUUGCCUAUUUCCGGAGUGGCAUUGGUUCUGAUCUUGACACUAUUGAAUCUGCGCAAUCCCCGCAAAAGCACUAGUAUGAGAGAGCGCCUGCUUAGCGUGGACUGGGUAGGCAACACUCUGCUCACGCUAGGCGUCACUUCCGUUCUGCUCUCACUCACCUGGGCCGGUACGACGAAUCCCUGGUCAUCAUGGCGAACAAUUGUUCCCUUAGUGCUGGGGUUAGUGGGAUUGGGUGGCUUCAUGGCAUACGAGGCCACGCCCUGGGUCAAAGAGCCCACAAUGCCUAUCCAUCUCUUUGCCAACCGCAGCGCCGCCGCACUCUUCGCAAUCAGUUUUGUGCACAGCAUGAUGCUUUUCUGGAUCUGUUACUUUAUGCCCGUGUACUUCCAGGCCGUGCGCGAUGCCUCGCCUACCCGGUCCGCCGUCAUGCUGUUCCCCAUCGCCACCACUACAGCACCUGCGGGAAUUUUGGCAGGUGGUAUGAUCACGAAGACAGGCAAAUACCGCGUCUGGCAUUUCUCUGGGUUUCUGCUUAUGACGCUGGGAUGUGGUCUGUUUACCCUGCUCGAUGAGAACUCAUCGACAGGCCGAUGGACUGGAUUCCAGAUUCUAUUCGGAGUUGGUACGGGCGUCGUUUUCACCAGCGUGCUGCCGCCAAUCUUGGCCUGCUUGGACGAGUCGGACGUGGCCACUGCCACAGCAACGUGGACCUUUCUCCGCAACUUCGGCUCCAUCUGGGGCACUGCAAUCCCAGCGGCUGUGUUCAACACUCGGGCAAAUGAUAUGUUAAGUUCCAUCGCUAACAAACAGGCUCAGGCCUUGCUUGUAAAUGGGGGCGCCUAUGAACAUGCCACUAAGGCGUUUAUGGAAACCUUCCGCGGCGAUCCCAGCCUACUCGCCGCCAUCAAACAUCUUUAUGUGGUUAGUCUGAAAGAAGUGUGGCAGGUGUCCAUAGCCUUCAGUGGGGUGGGCUUCCUCCUUGCGUUCCUGGUGCGGUCGUAUACCCUGCGCGACCAGCUCAACACCGAGUAUGGAUUGAAUACAGAGAAAACAGCUUCUCCGGAGGCCCCGAACCCGGAUCCGAAUAUUUGA